UUAAAAAUGUGGUGCAGACUCAGGUUGUCUCAGACAACUGAAACAACUCAUUAUCAAAGCGUGAAGAUCAAUUACAAAUCUGAAACCAUGAGGGCAUCUUCUAUGUGUCUGGUGUUCGGGCUGGUCCUGCUGAUGGCAUUGACUUCUGAGGCUCAACCAGUUGCCGCUGCAGUUCCGGAGAGAUGUUGCUUCAAUUUUAUCGACUUCCAAAUUCCAGUCGCGAAAAUUGUUACUGCAUUGAAGACAGGUGCAAAAUGCCCUACCCCUGGCAUUGUGGUUACAACACCAAGAACGGAAUUUUGUGUGAAUCCAGACGAGGAAUGGAUUAAGAAACUAGUGAAGCAAUGAAACCGUGAAACUUAAAACAUGUGCACAAAAUAAUACUGUUAUUGCUUUAUUCAACAGUCCUUUACUUUCAAAUGUUUUUUUUUCAUCUCCCCAUAAAUACUGUGAGAUACUGAAUGUCGAAAUUUCUUUUGAAUGUCGUUUCAUCUUGGCUGAAUCUAUGCAAAUAAAUAUUAAAAUGCAAUGAGA